AUGGCGGCCGGCGGCGGCACCAGCGGCGGGGGCGGCAAGGCCUCGUCGUCCUCGUCCUCCUCCUCGUCGUCCUCGUCCUCGGCGUCGUCGUCCUCGGCGGCCGCGGGCCUGCUGGAGGCGACGCUGGAGAGGAAGCUGCAGGCCCUGACCAACACCAUGGAGUCCAUCCAGGGCCUCUCCUCCUGGUGCCUGGAGAACAAGCGGCACCACGGCGCCAUCGUCCGCCUCUGGAUGAAGGCCAUGCGCAGAGCUGCCUUUCCUCAUCGCUUGAACCUUUUUUACCUGGCCAACGACGUCAUACAGAACUGUAAGCGGAAAAAUGCAAUUGUGUUCCGUGAUACGUUUGCCGAAGUGCUCCCAGACGCAGCAGCCUUGGUGAAAGACCCAUCAGUUGCUAAAUCGAUAGAAAGGAUCUUUAAAAUCUGGGAAGACAGAAAUGUGUAUCCAGAAGAAACCAUCACAUCCCUAAAGGAAGCUUUAAGUUCCUCUUUCAAAACUCAGAAGCAGCAGAAAGAAACUCAGAGCAAACAACCAACUAAGUCAUGGAAGAAAUCUCAAACCUCUGCGAAUCCAAAAGCUGCUCUGAAGUCCAAGAUCGUUGCAGAAUUCCGACCGCAGUCUCUUGUCGAUGAGCUUCUGUUAUACAAGCGCUCCGAAGACCAGAUCGAACUGAAGGAGAAGCAGCUGGCCACCAUGAGGGUCGAUGUGUGCAGCACCGAAACCCUGAAGUGCUUGAAAGACAAAACCGGUGGGAAGAAGUUCUCCAAGGAGUUUGAAGAAGCGAGUGCAAAGCUGGAAGAAUUUGUGAACAGCCUAGACAAACAAGUGAAAAAUGCUCCUUCCUUAACAGAAGUGCUUGAAAAUGCAGGGAUCUUUUACGAAGCGCAAUAUAAGGAGGUCAAAGUGGUCGCAAAUGCUUAUAAAACAUUUGCCAACCGAGUGAACAACCUCAAGAAGAAGCUGGAUCAGUUGAAGGCAACCCUGCCCGACCCCGAAGAGUCUCCUGUUCCAUCGCCGAGCAUGGACGCCCCGUCCCCAACAGGCUCGGAGUCUCCCUUCCAAGGGAUGGGGGAAGAGGAGAACUCCCCAUUGCCUGAGGCAGAGAGGAAGAAGUCGCCUUCUCCGGAGCCUGCGACCGACAACCGGGACGUUGAGGACAUGGAGCUGUCUGAUGUGGAAGAAGAGGCCCCAAAGAUCAUAGUGGAAGAGAGGAAGGAGAAACCAGCCGUUCCUGCCCCGGCUGCUCCCAAGGUGGCAGACAGCGUCCCGAAAGUGCCUCCUUCAGCUUCAGCACCGGCGGCUGGAGGGGCGGCGGCGGCGGCAGCAGCUGCAGGAGCAACAGCUGUGGCUCCAGCCCCCGUGACUCCUCCGACACCGAAGCCAGCCAACCCCACGCCUCUUCCUCCAUCGCCGGCACUUGCGUUGCCCAAUCUGGCCAAUGUGGACCUGGCAAAGAUCAGCUCCAUUCUGAGCAGUUUGACUUCUGUGAUGAAGAACACAGGAGUCAGCCCUGCCUCAAGACCUUCUCCGGGUACCCCGACGAGUCCAUCAACGCUUGCGGGAGGCUUGAAAGCUCCGCUUGCGGGUGCCCCAUCUGCACCCCCAAACCCACUGGCAAAUAUCCUGUCCAAAGUGGAAAUAACCCCCGAGAGCAUUCUGUCUGUGCUCUCGAAAACUCAGACCCAGGCAACUCCAACUUUGCAAGGCUUGUCCUCGUUGCUUCAGAGUGUUGCUGGCAACACAGCCCAGCCAGGCGAGAUGGCGUCUCAGAGCACGGCCGCCUCCCCUGCCGCCGCCACAGCCCCUUGCAUGAAAGGGAGGAAUGUUUCUCCCAAUGCUCAGCCUUUUAUGCCGCAGGGUUUUGGUUAUUCUCCCAAUUCUUCCUCCUCUGAGGUUUCUUCCACAUCCAUCAACAAGGCUCCCCUUGGGCAUAGCGCGGGGCUCUCCAGUUCCAGUUUUAAGCCUCCUGCCAACGCCUUGGGCUUUGCCAGCUCCCAGGCCAGCCGACCACCCCUUCGCCCAGCGGAGACCCCAAUGAGCCAGUCUUCUGAGAUUUCGGAGACUAAAGUGGAGUCUGAGCCCACUUCUCCGAGCCUGGAAAUGAAGAUACACAAUUUCCUGAAGGGCAACCCUGGCUUCAGUGGCUUGAAUCUGAAUAUUCCAAUUUUAAGUAGCUUGGGAUCCAACGUGCCGCCCGAGAGCCAGUCUUCAUCCUCAGAUUUUAAUCGCGGGCCGACGAGCACUUCUGUGGACAGCAUAGACGGCACUCCUGUUCGUGACGAGCGGAGCGGAACGCCUACUCAGGAUGAGAUGAUGGACAAACCCUCAUCCAGCAAUGUGGACACGCUGUCCCUUCUCUCGAAGAUAAUAAGCCCGGGCUCUUCUACCCCGAGUAGCACAAGGUCACCUCUCCAGAGCCGAGAAGACAGCUAUCCCCAGGACCUGUCGAAUUCGGUGUACAGGUCUUUUGGGAUGAGUCGGGAUUCUCCAGCUGGCAUGUACAAACAGCCCUCUGACAAUAUGGAAUUACCUUCGUCCUUAAUGGACUCCCCUCAAGAGAAGUUCUACCCUGACACUUCCUUCCAAGAGGAUGAAGAUUACCGUGAUUUUGAUUAUUCGGGCCCUCCACCCUCUGCCCUGGUAAACUUGGAGAAGCAACCGGCAAAAUCUAUCUUGAAAUCUGGGAAGCUUGCUGAUUCUGCAGAGUACCAACCAGUUCUGCCAGGGUACAGUCAGAGGCCCUCUGGAUUUGGCAUGAAAUCCUCUUUCCCUCAGUCGAUGCGAUCCCUCCAUGACCAGAGCGACAGCUGUGACCCAUUGUCCUCUCCUGGAAUGUAUGGGAGUUACAAUUUACGGGGGAACGACUCUGGCUCAGACGCCUCCCCUGCCUCGAGUAAGAACGAGGCCUUUUUCAGCCCAGACUCCAAUCACAAUAGCUUGUCCAAAUCGAUGCCGCACUCCGGCGUGUCCCAGAAACAGUACCCAGAUUCUCCUCACUUGGUUCCACACAGGUCGCUCUUCUCUCCCCAGAACGCUCUCUUGUCCCCAGCUAGUCGACCUCCUGCGUCCAGUGUGGACAAACCCACCGCGUCUUCCAUCUCUGCCACUUCAACCAUCGAGUUCAAGAACAUGCUUAAAAAUGCAUCUCGAAAGCCCUCUGAGGACAGCAAGCAUUUUAGUCAGGUCCCUAAAGGCGGUGCUAGUGAUGGCGCUAGUCUUGGCCAGACUGGAAUUUCGGCAGGGGAGCAGCCAGAUCAGCAAGAGGAGCAUUACCGGAUCGAGACCAGGGUAUCAUCCUCGUGUUUAGAUUUGCCUGAUAGCACCGAAGAGAAAGGAGCCCCCAUAGAAACCUUAGGGUACCAUAAUGCAUCCAGUAGGGGGAUGUCUGGUGAGCCCAUUCAGACCGUAGAGUCCAUAAGAGUUCUCGGGAAGGGGAGUCGAGGACACGGGCGAGAAGCAAGCAGGGCAGGGUGGUUCGAUAAUGGGCCUUCGAGCGCAACAGAGAUGCCCACCAUGGGCACUGGCAGCGGUGCAUCCAGCUUUCAGACGCAGUACAAAGACCGGGUGCCAUCGUUCCAGGAGAAUGUCAACAACUUCAGAACCAGUAACUUCAGCACUUCCUUUGAUCGUCACGUGCCGCCACCGCUUGGGCCGCCUCCCCUAGAACAUGGGACUUCCUUCCCAAGGGACCAAAUGGGGCCACCUCCUUCAGGGCCUCAGUCUCUUCCACCAAAGGAUCUUGGCAGCCUUUUUCCUAGGGAUCACUCGGUCCCCCCUCCACGCAUGCCAUCAGUGGAUCACAGUAGCCCUUUCUCAAAAGAAACACCAUCUCCACUUACCAUGCCUCGUGCUGUUCCUCCUCCCCCUCCUCCUUCCUUAGAACGCGGGGGAGUUCCAUUUCCUACUCAGCCCCCCCCUCCUCUCCCCGUGGAACACCCCAGCGUUCCCUUCUCCACCCCUCCGCCGCCUCCUGGGGAUCUUGGCCUUCCAUUUCCUGCUCCUCCCCUUGCUGCGGAACAUGGGGGCCCGUUUGCCAAGGAUCUUGGUGCGGUUCAUCAAGGAACAAUGAAAGAGCAUUUUAACAUACAAUCAGGCGCACCGCGGGACCAAGCUGCCCAGCCUCAGCGCGACCAUGGGGGUCAGUCCAUUGGUCGAGCUCGAGAGAACGUAGGCCUGUCCACCCUUUCAAGAGAUCCGCUGGGGCCAACCCUUAAUGUUGGAUCCUCUGUCCUGACUCACAGAGACACCACAAACCGAGGAGGGAUGGGGGCUAGGAACCAGCGGCCAGACUUUAGACCUAGGGAGUCUUUCUUAAACAGAGACCCCUUUAAUAACUUAAAAAGGCCUCGGCCCCCAUUUGCGAGGGGCCCUCCCUUCUUUGCACCAAAACGCCCUUUCUUCCCUCCCAGGUACUGAAUGAAGGUGUUCCGGAACUUUCUAGAGAGCAGUGGAAGUAGUACUUUCACUUUCAUUUCAUAUUUUCCCUAAAGGGCCCUACAACUUUUUUGGUUCUGAAUUAAGGUAUGUUCUGUCCUACAACACACACAAACACACACACACAUUGUUCUGUUGGUUUAUUGUGGAAGUUAGUUGUUGGUCUGAAAUCUAGGUAUGGAAGUAGGGGGUGCUGCAGAGUAAUUUAAGAACUAAUCUUAAAAUAGUUGUUGAAAUAAAACUUUUGGUAGCUUCAAAUAAUUAAUCAACACUGGGAUUUUUGUAGCCAGUUCUCCAAAUUGGAACUCCCCUGGGAGGGAGGUGGGAGCCAGGGAGGAAUUUUGCACAGACAGGUGAAGGAAGGCACAGAUUCUGAGAAUGCAGAGCCGUGGCUUCUGUUCUCGCAACGGUCACCCUUCCUGAGCCUGCCUUUUUGUCCCCAGCUGCUCCAUCUCCUUCCUGUGGUGGCUUGUGCUUAUUUUUCUCCUUGGACUUCUUUGGUGCCUGCUGGAAUCCAUCUGCCCCUGGAAGAAAAAAGGAAGGGGUGCCCAUCUUUGCUUGCUAAUUCUCCUUUUUUGCAGCCCUUUUAGGUUCUUAAGGUUCUCCUGGUUUUUUUUGGUUUGUUGAGGGGAAAGAAGCUUUGGCCUCGAGUAACUUGAGCUCCUCAGCCCAUGAUCUGCAGGUCGGCUGGCCGUCUGGCCAGCCAGUCUCGGGAGGAGCCUCAGGGAGGGCGGAGUCUGUUUCUCGCCCCCCUUUGCUGUUGCUGUGCUUGUACCUGGCUGAGGCUUGAGGGGAGGGUGUGGCGUGGCCUGUUCCUCCUUUCCAUAGUUACUCCUAGCCAAAAUGCUUCCUUUGGUCCUCCCAGAAAGGACUGAUGGGACAGCUGGUAAUCCAUGGGCAGGAGUUGGUCCUUGGCCAUCAUGCUAAACAAGGUCCCUGAUGAAGCUUGCUAUGCCAGCUGCUUUUUCUAGAGGUCUGUUCGAUAAGCGCACAACAGUGGUUCUGUUUGCUUUCUAAAAUGGAAACACCUGCGAGGAGAGGUGUGGCCGGUUGAGAGAAGCAUUGCCUAUUCAGGUGUGUGUUUAGGUCGGGCGUGCAUACCGGCGCCUCUGUCUUGGCUUAGUCCGUUUGCAUCUCCCCUGAGGCCCAAAUGGUGAGACCCGGUGGCAUCACUCCCCCACACAGCUCUGGCGCUAGCCUGCUCGCUCUCCGCUGCUGCUCUUGGCAUUGCAAGCUAUGCUGCUGACAGGUUAGGACUGCAAGGGCACCAGGCAGAUUCUCUCCCUCCUCCCUCCCAUCUCUCCCCUUCUCUAUACACAGCUGUGGACAUAGACUACUUCUGUGUGAAAAUUGUGAGUUUGUUAAUAGUUGAUUUAAAAAAAAAAUACUUUAGGCAACAGGAAAGAUGUUGUGUUCUGCCAUUUAUGUGUUUGGAAGAGUAAUACCUCUUAGAUUGUGUGUGCAGACAUUUUUUUUUUAGUACGGAAGAUGUAUGUGCCAUUCAUAUACUGAGAGAAUUUCAGGUGUCCUGGGUUUAUGAAUGUGUGUUAAUUCAGCUUUUCCCAGACUUCCAGAAGAUGCAAUAUUAGACCACCAUGGCUAAAAAAAUCCUGUGCUGAUGUAGGAGGAGCACCCUGGCAGUGCACCCAAGCUGUGAGGCAUCCCGUGUCCCAUGAUGAACAGUUGAGUUCUGUUCCAGCCUCAGUUGAAGUGAGCGACAAAUCAACCCAAAGUUCUGCAGGGGUGAGGACAAGAAAAUGGAACAAAAUGGGGAAACUCCCAGUGGGGCUCAUUUGCGGAAGGGAGAAGAAAUGCAGACUGGAAGAUCCACCACAAGUGGGCUUUGCUUUUCUGAGGAUGCCUGGGAUUGCUGUCCGGUGAGGGCACAGGAGCGCUGCAGCUUUGCCCAAAUUAAAAAUCGGAAGGGGGGGGGUGGAGUCUAGGGGAGCAGCAGAAUGUUUAAGUUUCGAGUGCCUGCAGCUCACCUUGCCCAGUCGUCAUUAAGCAUGGAACUGUAGUGCCCCACCUGUUCUCCGUGCAAGAACAGCUGGUGCGAGGGCUAGUUUGUGGUAGCCCUGUAUUUUUCCUAAGCUGCAUGGUUUUUGCAACCUGCUCGUGUUCUUAAUAUUUCAUCUUUAGAGAUGGGGUUUGUUUUGGAAGAGAAAUGUUCAGACUGCGCUGUCUGGGUCCCCGAGGGCAUGAUCCAGCGGCUGGACGUUCUCCUGUGGGAGCCACUGGGACCUGCGAGUGGGUGGGUUUCAUUGGACCUUCCACAGGACAACUGUGCAGCAGAUUCUGCCUCCAGCCACCUUUGCCCCUUUCCAUCCUGUUUUUAAGACAGACUUCAGAACACAAAAGUUCUUGGGUUCUCUACCCCCUUCCCCAUAAAAUGUGAUUUUUUAUUUUAUUUUAAUUUCUGCCUCUUUCUCUUCGAGGGCAGUUUCAGUAACUUGAGGAAAUCCAGGGGUAUUGAAACUGCCUUAGAGCUGCUUCUCCUAAAAUUGCAUUGCAAUAGGAAAUGGCUUCUAGCAAUCAGAGGUGUUCCCUUUGGGCAUCUUGCAGGAAAAGGACUGACAAGAAACCUCCUUUGUAAAAAGGCAAUAUAUUUUAAUGGUAAAGCUCCCUGUCUCUUUUUUAAUUCCAGAUUUUGUGCUUUUACUUUAAAUUGCUGACAACAGCUGAUGGUGAUGAUGUACAUAUGUGUAAAAAAGAAAAAAAAAGGUUGUUCGACAGGAAGUCUUUUUCUGUCUCGGGUUUUUCCUUCCCUUAGCUUUGCUGUUACUUUUUGUAUUUCACCUGAUAAGGGAAAAAUAAACACAUAUUUUUUAAGGAAAGCAUUAGUCUCUCUCAUGGAAGGACAGAAUUGCCUAAGAGGAAAGGAAGCUUACAGCCUGUUGGUUGGCUGUUCCAAGAACACAAGAGGUAUAGUGGGAAGCACACACCCCCCUGCCCCCGGCACAGCUUUGAAUGCCCAUUGAGAAUGGAAGGUUUGGUGUGGUGUGUGAAUUGCCAGACUGAUCAAAGUGCAUCUUCCAUAGCAGCUCCCAGUAAACGUGUGUCUUGGCCAUUGAAGGGGAAAGACUAGCUGAUCGCGGGGGAAAUGGGGGGCGGGGGGGGGGGCAUGUCGGUCCUGCUUGUGGCAUUCUAGACAGCAUCUUCUUUGCCUGCAGAGCGAUAGUUGAAUUGGGAAAGCAGAACCGAUGCUGUCUUGCCUUCCAGUAUGGAGCAAGCGACUGCAUUCAGAGGCCCACGGUGACGGUUCCGUGGUUGGGGGGCGGCGGCAGUGGUGGGGCCAUUUUGAAAAUGCUGUAAAUAAUCAGUGUGCUUCUUUUUGUGCCUGUUGAAAAGCUCCGUUGGGUCUUUGUUGGCUUGAUAUUCUCAAGUGUUUCAUUUGGGGGGGGGGGGCGGGGAGACCAGGAGAUGCUUUAAAGUGAAGACACAGCAGAUGGUUUCUGGACUGUAUAAAUUCCUUUAAUAAAAUAACUAGUUUGACUGUUUUCAUAUUCUUGUAAAUAAGCCCUCUUUUAAGUGUGCAAUAGGUGCAAGAACACAAUUGAAGAGCAGAGAGAUCUCUCCUGUGCUUUGCAAUGUAGGACGACCACCUGGGCUUGCCUUGGCUUACUAGUGGAGGGCAGAGCCGCCUGAAAUCAAGGGGGGGACCAGCGGAUGGGAGAACCACGAUCCCAGCAGCGGAGACAACAUCCUGCCUGUGAAACGUGUUUGGGAAGUUUGACUGUUCCUCUUAAUGAUAUGCAAUCUGUACGUGGGAAGGUGAUCUCGAAACAGCACCUUUUCCCAAGCAAAAACAAAUGGAUGGUUGGAUUUUCGAGGUAUCCUCCUCACCUGCCCUCCUCCCCCCCCCUAUUUUGUAUUGUAUGCUAAUAAAGUGUUCUUGACUUGG